CAAGAAACGGAUUGUUAUUAUUUUUAAGAUUUUUAAAUUUAAUGAUGUUCCGAUGCGUUCUAAGUUCUACUAACUUCAAAAUCGCCUCCACUUCCCUCCUUUAAAUUGUGAUGCGGGUUUAGUCAAACCCUCACCAAAUUUUUAGACAUGGAAGUGAAAUAUUAACACCGAUAACAAGAGCGCUCUAAAACAGUUUCGCACUACCCACAACAACAACAACCUUAAACAACAGUUUCAGAAAAUAUAGAUCCUUUCUUUCAUGGCUCCAGUAAUUUCAACAACUCCAGAAGAACCCACUACCAAGAAUGUCGUUCAGCAUCCUGUACAGGUUGCAAAACGCUUGGAAAAGCUCAAGACUACCAUCUUCACAAAGAUGAGCAUGCUUGCAAUCAAACAUGGAGCGAGAAACCUCGGCCAAGGCUUUCCCAACUUUGAUGGCCCUGAAUUUGUGAAAGACGCAGCAAUCCAGGCUAUUAAAGAGGGGGAAAACCAAUAUGCCCGGGGAUGUGGUGUUCCAGACCUCAACUCUGCAGUGGCUGCCAGGUUCAAGAAAGACUCUGGACUGGUGGUGGACCCUGAAAAUGAAGUCACUAUCACUACAGGAUGCACUGAAGCCAUCGCUGCCACCAUGUUAGGUUUGAUAAACCCUGGCGACGAGGUCAUCCUUUUUGCCCCUUUUUACGAUUCUUACGAAGCUACACUUUACAUGGCUGGAGCCGAUAUAAAAAUCAUUACCCUCCGGCCGCCAAAUUUCUCAGUUCCAAUUGAUGAUCUCAAGUCUAUUAUCUCAAAGAAUACUCGUGCAAUACUUGUAAACACACCACAUAACCCCACGGGGAAGAUGUUCAGCCGAAUGGAAUUGGGAACUAUUGCAUCUCUUUGUAUAGAAAAUGAUGUGUUGGUUUUCUCAGAUGAAGUUUAUGAUAAGUUGGCAUUUGAGGAAGAUCACAUUUCUAUAGCUUCACUUCCUGGCAUGUAUGAGAGGACUGUCACCUUGAAUUCCCUCGGUAAGACCUUUUCUCUAACAGGUUGGAAGAUAGGUUGGACUAUAGCUCCACCACAUCUGACAUGGGGAAUAAGGCAGGCACACUCUUACCUCACUUUUGCAACAUCAACUCCAAUGCAAUUUGGCGCUGCGGAAGCUCUUAGAACCUCGGACACUUAUUAUGAGGAACUAAAGAAAGAUUACCUGCAUAAGAAGGGAAUAUUAGUAGAAGGACUUAAAGCUGCAGGUUUUGUGGUGCACCCUUCUGCUGGUACUUACUUUGUUAUGGUCGAUCAUACUUCUUUCGGGUUUGAAAAUGAUGUUGCCUUCUGCGAACAUCUGAUUAAGGAAGUGGGUGUUGCUGCAAUUCCAACAAGUGCUUUCUAUCUUAAUCCAGAGGAUGGUAAGAAUUUGGUGAGGUUCACAUUCUGCAAGGAUGAGGAUACUCUUAGGGAAGCAGUCGAAAGGAUGAAAGCGAAGUUAAAAAAAUGAAUUUACUUGUAAUCUUCAGUCAAAGCAAAGUAAAAAAUUGAUGUUUCUGUUAGUUCAUGAGGAGUUGCACAAUAAUAAGAUCGUUUUA